AAUAUAGGCCUAUAGGAUAGUUCAGCUGGAUAUCUGAGUCUACAGUUUGUUGAUUUCCUGCUAAUUAGAGAAUAACCAGAAUAAUUUAAGGACAGUUGCUGAACCAAAAGUUUAGUAGAAAAUGAGUAACAGUGAAGAAGAAGAAGAUCCUAAUCUUCCAAGUCAAGCUGAAUGUUUAGAAAGAUGUAUUCAGUUUGCUGAGUUAACUGGUAGUGACAGGGCUCUAGCUAUGUUUUAUUUGCAAGACAGAGAUUGGGAUUUACAGAGAUCUGUAAAUGAUUAUUUUGAAGACAAUGGUGCCAGUUCUCCAUCCUCAAAGCUACAGACCACAGUUCCUCAAGGAGCUAGCUUAGUUACAACUUCAAACACAGAAAUCAAAGAUGAUGAACCCCACAGAAUAAGACUGUUAUCUUGGAAUAUAGAUGGUUUGGAUCAUCAGAAUUUAGAAUCCAGAACGAAAGCUGUAUGUCAAUUGAUAGAGAAAGAGAAUCCCCAUGUUGUGUUUCUCCAAGAAGUUGUUCCUGCUACAGAACAAAUGAUCAGAACUAGCUGUAAAAAUUAUAAGAUCUCAUCUGCACAUCAAUUGUGUGAUUAUUAUUCUAUGAUUUUACUUCAUGACAAGUUUACUAGUAAUAUCAACCAGGCACAAAUCUUUCCUUAUCCAAAUACCAAUAUUAAUAACCAUGAUAAUAAUAAUCAGGCACAAGUCAAAGGAGUGAAAUUCAAAUUUAUGACAUCUCAUCUUGAAAGUUGUAAAGAACACAGUGAAAAGAGAAUAGCACAGCUAAAAUUGGCAUUCGAGAGGAUGAAAAGUUCAGAUACUAACUCAACAGUUAUAUUUGGUGGCGAUUUAAACCUGAGAGAUCCCGAGAUUGGCAAGGCAAAUGGUAUACCCGAGAAUGUGAAAGAUCUAUGGGAGGUGACUGGAAAACGACCUGAAGCUAAGUUUACGUGGGACAUGAUUCGGAAUGAUAACCUUGAAUUUGGUGGCAAGUUUAAACCAAAAUGUCGAUUUGAUAGACUAUAUUAUAAGGAGUCUAUCCCUAAGACUGUGAAACCAGUGUAUUUUGAACUUGUUGGUUUAGAGAGAUUGAAAAGCUGUCAGAGAUUUGCUAGUGAUCAUUGGGGACUUCUAACCCACUUUGACAAAGUGUGAACAAAUUCCAGAUAAAAGUGAAUGUUAGCUUUAUAUAAUAAAUCAUUCCUUCUCCCUAUUUU